AAAAGACACAACGAACUUUGUGCAUGUGGCUUACUAACUGCAAUUAAUAGCUAUUUAUUUAGUCAAAAUGACAGAAGAUCAGGACUUGAUGGCCAAGAUCAGCCAGCUUGCUGGCCAGAUCAACAGACACAAGACCCAGAGCUCCCAGACAUCAGCACCUUACGAUAAUGACUACCAUACAGGUCACUAUGUAGCACGCCACAUUCCCUCUCGAGGGCGUGCUGGUUGGGCGCCAUAUCGCGGACGGCCGUAUGCUCGAGGCCGUGGCGGCGCUGCUUCUCAUCGACACCGUACCCUCAUUCUCAACAAUGCGGCAUCUUCAGGGACUCCUGGUAGCGCAACACCCUCUACUAACACUGGGAUGGAAAUUGAUAGUGAGAGUCGAUCGACAACACCAAAUGGAUGGGUAGCCAAACGCGACCGGCACAUGCAGCUAAUCAACUCUGCUAUUUACGAUCAAGAGUCGCAGGCGAGAGCGAAGGCUAUGGAAGAGAGUCGCAAGGCUAAGGAGCAAAAAAGGGCUAAUAUCGAGCGGGCCAAAGUGUUGAGGUACGCGCAGGGUUUUGGUAGACAAUACCCUGGCUCCACUGCUCCUCAGGUUACUUCCGAGCCGUCGGCGGAAUAUCAGGUUUAUCUCAAUGACAUACCUUUCCGGGUCUCGCGAGGUGGUAGUAAAUUAAUCAGAGUAUCUGGUGCGGCUCCCUUUGGCGCCACACUGGCCAAGCGGGCUGGCUUACCGUUCAUAGAUGAUCCGAAUACUGCCAACAACACACCAAAGAGAGUGACCAUUGCCGGUGUUACCUUUGUUAGGAGCAAAAAUGGGAAUCUCCAUCGUCUUGGUGCUGUUACUUCGAAAAGGAAACCUAACGCGACUAAGAAGAAUGAGCUUUGUCGCAGAUUCACCACGACUGGUACUUGCUACAAAGGGCCAUCAUGUCUCUAUAUCCAUGACCCAGAUAAGGUUGCCAUUUGCAAAGACUUCCUCCAAACUGGUAAUUGCACCGCAGGUAUAAGUUGCGAUCUCUCCCAUGAGCCUUCGCCCCACAGAUGCCCUGCUUGUCUGCAUUUUCUCCGAGGUCGCUGCUCUAACCCGGACUGUCGAUAUGCCCAUAUCCGGGUGACUCCUGGCGCACCCGUGUGCAGAGAAUUUGCAAACCUGGGUUACUGCGAAAAAGGCGCUGAAUGUGACCAUCGGCAUGUACAUGAAUGCCCUGAUUAUGCCAACACGGGUGUAUGCAACAAGAAACGUUGUCGGCUGCCCCAUGUUGAUCGUGCAGGACAAAUUCGGAAGAAUACUGGUGCUAACAUGGUCGUUGCCACGAAUGACGAUGAGUCUGAUGCUUCUAGCGAGGACGAACAGGGCGAUGAAAUCGAUUCUGAUGAUGUUGACUCUGACGCGCUUAGCGAUGAUGAGCCGGAACUCAUCAUUGAAAGAGACAACAGUAACGAUCUUUCGCAGCAGAAGGAUUUCAUCAGCUUCUAACUGUACAUGUUCACUAACUGCACAUAGCUGCACAAAUAGUGUUAGUAAUCGAGGACUUGACUUGGUUUCAGCCGGAGAAAAAAAAAAAAGGAAAGGCAGAAAGGCAGAAAGAAAGAAAAGAGAAAUAAAAAGAAGCCCCGAGGAAAAGACAGUAGGACAGAAGAAGGUGGACGAGUCAAAAUCAAGUAAUUGGGAGGAUUUUUGCUUUUGGUUUUUUUCUUUUUUUUCUUUUGGCUUUACGCCAUACGAACUGAAGUUUUCUACUCGCAAAAGAAGUUACCGAUACCCAUUCAGCAUGUUUCACGACUUAUCCAUUUGUCUGGUGAGUGGAGAGGAUUUGAAGAUGAUUUGGACUAUGUUAUGGGCGGCGACCUAUACGCUGAUAAGGAGGGACUGUAGUGUUUACUCGGUAUACUGUCUAGAUCAGGAAUAGAUAGGAUGGUAAUGGCAAUCAAUCCCUUAUUUG